AAAAAGACGAGCAGACAGCUGGCCAGAGAAGAAAAAUGGCUCACCGGGCAAGCAAUGGUAGAAAAAUGUUCGUCACAGUGUUGUACAUCGUAACCGUGUGCAGUGGCGUCCCCAUCAGUGACCUGCUUGACCGAGCGUCUCAGCACUCAGACAAGCUACACUCUCUCAGCACAACACUCACCCACGAGCUAGACUCUCAUUUCCCUGCUAUAGGCCGGAUGGUCAUGCCCCGGCCUUCUGUGUGCCACACAUCCUCACUGCAGACACCCAGUGACAAGGAGCAAGCACUUCAAGUACCUGAUGCAGACCUGCUCUCGCUGGCUCGUUCCCUACUCCAAGCCUGGGUGGACCCACUGGGGAUCCUGUCCUCUUCAGCUUACACCCUGCCUCACCUGGCCCAAAGUAAAUUACUAAACAAGAUCCAAGAGUUGCAGGAACAGUCCAAGAGCCUGGGAGACGGUCUGAAUGUACUCUCUGGCAAGAUGGACCAAGCGGCUCAGACCAUCUAUUCCCUUCCCUACAGAGGAGGCAACGACAUCGGCCAGGACAAGCUGGCCAAACUGAACAAAUUCCAUUUCCUCUUGUCCUGCUUUCGCCGUGAUUCCCAUAAAAUCGACAGUUUUCUCAAAGUCCUCCGGUGUCGGGCCGCAAAACUGCAGCCCCACUUGUGCUAAACACCGAAGUGCCCAUCUGGACAACGUUUUAAAGCAAAUCUUGUAUUGCAAAGCAGCUGUAGCAUAGGUAGAUCCUUCUAACCCAAUGCAGCAAGAAUUAGAUUGCUUAUGCUAACUAAUAUGACAAAUUGUGUGACAAAUGCAUUUAAAUGAAGUCGGAAAUAAUCCUUACAAAAUAAGGACUUCUUGUAUUCUAUCCAAUACUAAUACAACUUAAUUGAUGCUGCUUAAACAGGUGUUUAAACAGGGUUUAUUCUCCAGUCAUAAAAAACGCAAUUAUGUUAGAAGAACAAUCUUUCCUCCUCCAACUCUGCUUUGUCUCUGUGCUGUGUUUUACAUGAUAAUAUAUUCAUUAUUGCACAAUGACACACAAUAACGCUCCUUUUGCGCCGCUAUAAAUGUCAAUAUUUCAUGGAGGUGGUGCGUCAACAAUUACUCUGAAAAUAUUAUUACUUUAUGAUGUUAUUAACCAAUUUAUUAAGAUUUUUUGAAGGAUACCCUUAUUGUUGCUAAAAUAUAUCCAGCAGGUCUGGCGUGGACAGCUGCCCAUAUUUUGGGAAUUAAAUAUGAUAAGUGAGUUAGCAAUCAUUUUUUUGCUUCUAAUAAUCCAAUCUGUUAUUCAUACUAUUAUACUAGUUUAUCCACAUUGGCCAUCAAUUGAGAAAGGCUGGGCUUUAUGGAAAAAAUCGAUUUUGUCUCCCUAUUUAAUGCUUUUUGCAGCAU